AUGGCGGCCAACGCAGUUGCAGGACCAUCCAAAGUCAACGGCAACGGCAGCGCUGCGGCGCCGGCACCGCUCACCAAGAACGCAAAACGUCGUCUCAAGAAGAAACAGCAGCAGCAGCAACCGCAACCGCAAACAUCCAUCGCUGCCACUCCCUCCGUCAAGCAGGAACCCGACGCAAACUACGACGAUGACGUCGAAGCAUCCACAUCCAUCAUCCACCAAGCAGCCGACUUCCGCAUCGAUCCAGACUCGGAAGUGUACAAGGCUUUUUCCAGUGUACUAUCACGCUACCAACCCGAGACGCUCUCGCAACAGCAGCAACCGAGCAAAGGCGAGAUCAUCUACUCUGACGAUGAAGUGGAAUCUGCGCACUCCUCCUCCGAUGCCGAGGGUGAUGGUGGAGCGACCUCGCAUUCGCUGUCGAAGCGAAAGCAGAAGAAACUAGCGCGCCUCACGGUGGCCGAACUGAAACAGCUCGUCCCCAAACCGGAAGUGGUCGAAUGGACCGACGUCACCUCCUCCGACCCGCGCUUGCUCGUCCACCUAAAAUCCACCCGAAACACCGUCCCCAUCCCACCCCACUGGUCUCACAAACGCGACUACCUCCAGCACAAACGUGGCAUCGAAAAACCCCCCUACACCCUACCCCCUUACAUCUCCGACACCGGUAUCGCCACCAUGAAAGACGCCCUUAAAGAAAAAGAAGGAGACUACUCGUUGAAGCAAAAGACCCGCGAAAGGGUUCAACCCAAGAUGGGCAAGAUGGAGAUCGACUACCAGAAACUCUGGGAUGCCUUCUUCAAGUUCCAGACCAAACCCGAGCUGAGCAGCUACGGCGAUACGUACUACGAAGGCAAGGAGUACGAGAACAAGUACAAGGAGAAGAGACCGGGGAUGUUGAGUGCCGAGUUGAUAGAGGCGUUGAGCAUUCCGCCGGAUGCACCGCCGCCGUGGCUGAUCGCUAUGCAGAGGUUCGGUCCUCCACCGAGCUACCCGCAUCUGCAGAUUCCCGGGUUGAACGCUCCCAUUCCGCAGGGGGCCAGUUGGGGCUUCCACCCGGGUGGAUGGGGUAGACCGCCGGUGGACGAGUACGGAAACCCGCUUUAUGCGAAUGUGUUGGCGAAUCUCGACGGUGCAGUGGAUGACGAGUUGGUGGACAAGGUGGAGAAGGAGCACUGGGGGUUGUUGGAGGUGGAAGAAUCCGAUCCCGAAGAGGAAGAAGAAGAGGAGGAACCCGAAGAAGAAACACAACAACCAGUGGAUCUGUCUGGAGUUCAAUCCGUAACAUCCACAUCGGCAGGGUUGGAAACGCCUUCCUUCACUCAACUGCGCAAGGACGAACGCAUAGAUUCGCACCCGAGAUCGCUCUACCAAGUGCUACCAGAACGAACACCGGCGUCUUCUGGUGGACAGAAUCAAUUCCUCGCUUCUGAACGGAUUUACGAUCUCUCUUCCGCAUCGUCAGCAGUGGCAGGUCCGGCGUUGGGUGCAGAGGAUUCCAGAGCGAACAAACGUGCAGCACCGGAUCAAGUGCAGCUGUCGAUGGAUCCGGAUAAUCUCGAUCAGGAGCAGCAGCUGGCUGAGAGGUACGAUGCCGAACGCAAAGCGCAAGGGUCAGCGCGGUUCGGAGGGUACGCGGAGCAGGAUCGAGAAGGAGUGUCGGAGAUGCGUCAACAGCUGCAAGAUGAGAGGCGGAGAGAAGACGAGAGACGGGUGAAGCAGCGAAGGGGGUAA